AUGGAUAAGCAAGGUGAUGGUGAAGGGCCAAGUAAGAAGAGGAGGGUAGUAACAUUUCAGCCUGCGGAAAGAAUUUGUUUGGUUGAUCUUGUUCAAAAAUACUUUCAAGUUGUGGAAUGUAAAAAAACAGACGCAUGUUCUUCCAAAGCGAAAUGGCAGCAGUGGAACGUAAUAGCCGAAGAGUUUAAUUCAAAAGCAAUUUAUAUUGCAAGAGAAACCCAGGCUUUAAAAACAGCCUGGGAAAAUAUGAAAAAAAAGGCGAAAAGCAUCAUAACAAAAGAAAACCAAAACCGACUUGCAACAGGUGGAGGCCCUUUACCUGUACCAGAGAAAGGAGAUGCUGCAGUAGAAAAGAUUAUAACCCUGCUUCGGCCAGUAGUGCAAGGUUUAGAAAAUGAUCUAGACUCAGAUAAUGUUUAUGGUAUAACUUCUGAGGAUAUUAUAGAAGAAACGGAUAGAGUUAAUGAGAUGGCACUGGAUAAGCAUGAUUCUUCUAAUGUGCUUUUGGUAGAUAGUGUGGAAGGAAACUCAGCAGUGGAAGUGGAACUAUCGGGAGAUUGGAGCUACUAUACCACCUCUAUGCUCAGGGCUCCACGAAGUAAUAUUCUUCAAUCAAUUUCUGCUCCUGCUCCUUUGGCUGACUCUCAGGACUGCAAUAACUCCACUGCUCCACAGCCAUCAGGCAACCUAACCCCAAGGCACAACAAUGCUAAAGCUAACAGAGGUACCAGACACCUUGGAGGGUCAAGUCGACGACGACCUUUCUUAAAGCAACCAGAAGCCGAGCGUCUAGCCCAAGAAAAACUCAAAAUUCUUGCAUGCACUACUGAACAAGCCACCGAGGAGCAUAACAUUAUGAUUCGAAUCCUCCUACUUCAGGAAGAGCAGGAGAAAGAAAAAUUAAAACAUGAAAAGCUAAAGACUUUCCAGGAACAAGUAAAAUUGCAGCAGGAAAAAUUAAAGCUUACAUUGCUGGAACAAAAAGAAAAUGAAGUGUUAAGUUAAUUUCUAUUAGCAAACCUUUUUUAUAUUUUAAAUAUUCUCAUUAAAAUCACC